CCCAAAAUGUGGCGUCGCAGUCAAGAUCUCCUACGCAGAGCCGUACCCAGACUCGCUGCACCCCCACUCUCUCUUUCUCCUCACACCCUUGAAUUGGCAAACCCUAGAUUCAUCAUCACAAAUUCAUCUUCAAGCCCGAGCUUAUCGAUAUGGAGGCGAAAGAAAGAGAUGGGCAAAGAAGGCUUAAUCGUAGCCAAGGAGCUGAAGAGACUGCAAUUGAACCCGGUCCGGUUCGACCGGUUCAUGAAGUCCCACGUCUCUCGUCUCCUCAAAUCCGACCUCGUUGCCGUCCUCGCUGAGUUUCAAAGGCAAGACCUCGUCUCUCUUUCCAUGAAGUUGUAUGAUGUGGUGCGUAAAGAAAUAUGGUAUCGGCCAGACAUGUUCUUUUAUAGGGAUAUGCUUAUGAUGCUUGCAAGGAACAAGAAGGUAGAUGAAACAAAGCAGGUAUGGGAAGAUCUGAAGAGAGAAGAAGUCCUUUUUGAUCAGCAUACCUUUGGUGAUAUUAUCAGGGCCUUCUUAGAUGGUGGACUGCCCUCAGAGGCAAUGGCCAUAUAUGAUGAAAUGAGGGGAUCUCCCGAACCCCCACUAUCUUUGCCUUAUCGGGUCAUAUUAAAAGGGCUCCUUCCCUAUCCAGAAUUGAGAGAGAAGGUAAAGGAUGACUUCUUGGAACUUUUCCCGGAUAUGAUUGUUUACGACCCACCUGAAGACCUCUUGGAAGAAGGGAACUGGAGAAGGGACAGUGAAGAUGAUUAGAGGAUGCUGCUGAUGCACUAUAAGAUUUGAUCUAUGAUCAACUCUUCUGGGGCCUGACUGGCAAGGUUGGGAAAGGACAGGGUAUCUACCAAGUUUGGGAAGAGGUACAAAAUUCCCAAUGGGAUGUCUGCCCCUUCUAAAUGCUGUGAUUUGUUGGAGAAUAUUCAAGUUUGGGAGCUCAAUCGACAAGAAAUGAGGUAUUGACAGAUUCCCCCCCUCCCACCAAAAAAAAAACUUUGGUCAGGCACAUGUUUUGCAGUUCAGGUACCUGAAGCCGUAUGUUGAGAGAAGUAAAUAAUAAAAUUUGUUUUUAAAUCGAUAGUAACUUGUGCACACUAUAAUUAGGGAAAGAUGUUGUUGACAUCCUUGUAUUUGUUGGUUAUGUGUCAUUUAUACACGCUGUUAGAACAUUAGUCGGAAGUUCUACAUUGUAUGCGCUAGUUUGUCCUUGAAAUUUAUAGGAGGGCGAAUGACAUUUUGUCCUUUAAAAGAUCCCAGCAUUUUUUAUUUACCCCUUACCCAAGUCAGUUUGAAGUGUCCCUUCGAUUUUUUCCCAUUUAAAUUUUGUUUAGGGCGAAUGGCAUUUGGUCCCUGUAAAGUUCCAAGAAGUCAUCUGUUAUAUUUGUGAUCUUAUAUCAUUUGCUAGAUGUCUUAUAGCUUGUUGCUUUUAUUCGCUGGUUGGAAAAGGACAUGAUGUCCUGGUAUUCCUAAUUAAUGUGCUACUUGUCCCCCAUUUCGG